CAAAAGUUCGGUAAUAUUGCUUCUGCUAGGCAGUCGCUCGUACGACAGCUAUCGUUGAUAAUCGGCUUCAUUUUCCGAGUCGUGUAACGUGCCUACCUGUUUUUCGAGUUUACCAAAGAAAAAAAUGAUCCGCACACGAAUCGCGAACUAUUAUCUCAAUUGACAGGUCGCGUCGAACAAAUCUUUCUUUUUCGUCUCAGCUUCUAACCUCGAGGCUGAUAUGAUUGGAUCUUCCCGCAACUAUUUACGUUAUAUUACAAUCUUUCUGAGUUAAUUUUGAUUGAAAAUUGAAUAAGCCUGCGAAAAUGCAGAAUAUUUUAAAUUCAUCAAAAAGAGGCGUAGCCGCCUCGAAAAUGAGCAAUUUCGCUUGCUUGCAUAGGCAACUGUUACUCAACAAUCAAAGUGUUGGAAACUGUUUAUGGAACCGCGAUCAAAUAUACCGGUUACUUGGAACCUUGCCUCAUCAUGCUAGAAAGCACAUCCAAAAUGAAUAUAAAGCUAUGCGUUCAAUUCUAGUCAAGAGUGGUUUAUCUGAAAAAUUGAGUUCUCAAUUUUUACAACAAUGUAAAUAUUUAAGCACAUCAUCGUAUAGGACAAAUGCUAACCCUUCGAAUGAUCCAAAUGAUCAAAAUAAAGAUGAUAAGGAUAAAAAGGCUAAACAGGAAAAAGGAAAAGCUUUGAUGAUAAAGUUAGGAUUGUGGACAAUGCUGAGUUAUGCAUCUUUAAUCAUGUUUUUAUAUAUAUUCAUGUCAAAACCAAUAAAGGAUGAUGGAGAGGUUCCUCGUUUUGUAUCAUGGAAUGAAUUUGUACAUCAAAUGUUAGCCAAAGGAGAAGUUAAACAGCUCAUAGUGAGACCAGAGUAUGAAAUGGUAAUGAUAAUUUUGCAUGAUGGAGCUGUUGUUAAAGGUAAACGGUCUCAGUACAGAACGUACCAUAUGCAAAUGCCUAAUACAAGCCAAUUAGAGGAAAAAUUAAGAGAAGCAGAAAAAAGCUUGGGAAUAAAACCUGAACAUGGAGUUCCUAUUACUUAUGAAAGAACUCAUGUUGAUUUGGCUCACAUUGCUGGUAUUGCUAUACUUUUGGCAUUGUUCUUCAGCUUACUUCCAAGAUUUGGCAUGAAAGAGUUCCCAACUAACAUUCUAUCCCAAGUGACCAGAGCUAAAUUUACAUUAGUUGAUCCAUUGACUGGAAUUGGAAAGGGAGUCAGGUUUUCUGAUGUUGCUGGAUUAAAAGAAGCUAAGAUAGAAGUUAUGGAAUUUGUGGAUUAUCUUAAAAGCCCAGACCGCUAUAAAGUUCUUGGAGCCAAAGUACCUAAAGGUGCAUUAUUAUUGGGUCCUCCUGGAUGUGGUAAAACGCUGCUUGCUAAAGCUGUAGCAACAGAAGCUAAUGUCCCAUUCUUAUCUAUGAAUGGUUCAGAAUUCAUUGAAAUGAUUGGUGGUCUUGGAGCAGCACGAGUCAGGGAUUUGUUUAAGGAGGGUAAAAAAAGAGCUCCUAGUAUUAUAUACAUUGAUGAAAUUGAUGCAAUUGGUAAACGGCGAUCAGACUCUAGUACAGAUAGGUCAGAUAGUGAAGGAGAACAAACUUUGAAUCAACUAUUAACUGAAAUGGAUGGUAUGGUAUCAAAUCAAGAAGUUAUUGUUCUAGCAUCUACCAACAGGGCAGAAGUAUUAGAUAAAGCAUUACUCAGACCUGGCAGAUUUGAUAGACACAUUCUCAUUGAUUUACCAACUCUAGAUGAAAGACGACAAAUAUUUGAACAACAUUUGAAAUCUAUAGUUUUGGAACUAAAACCAAGUAAUUAUUCAACUAGGAUGGCAUUUUUGACACCAGGUUUUAGUGGUGCUGACAUAGCAAAUGUAUGCAACGAAGCCGCUCUGUAUGCUGCGCGUACCAAGAAAAAAAAGGUUGCCGGUAGCGAUCUCAUGUAUGCCGUGGACCGAGUAAUCGCCGGCAUAGAGAAGCGCGACAACACGAUCGCUCCUUCCGAGAAGCGAGUAGUGGCUUUCCACGAAGCUGGACACGCAUUGGUCGGUUGGCUGCUGGAACACACGGAUGCCUUACUCAAAGUAACGAUCGUGCCGCGUACCAAUCGAGCCCUUGGCUUCUCACAGUUCACCACAAGCGAUCAAAAGCUUUACACUAGCGAGCAAAUGUUCGAACGCAUGUGCAUGUCCCUCGGCGGUCGGGUCGCUGAGAGCCUUACAUUCAACAAGGUUACCACGGGUGCUCAGAAUGACUUGGAAAAAGUCACUAAAAUGGCAUACGCACAGGUGCAACUCUAUGGGAUGGAUCCCACAAUUGGACCUCUUUCGUUUACUCCCGAUCAAACUGCAACGAAUACUCGUAAGCCGUACAGUAAGAAACUUGCAAAUCUGAUGGAUCAAGAAGCCAGGACGAUUAUAACUCGAGCCUACAAGCGAACGGAACAAUUGUUGUUAGAAAACAAAGAUAAAUUGGAAAAACUGGCAACUGCCCUUUUACAAAAAGAAACUCUAACUUACGAAGAAGUCGAAAAAUUGAUAGGGCCACCACCUUUCGGCAAAAAACGACUUGUAGAACCUGCAGAUUUUGAAAGCUCUAUACCGGUUCCUCCUACGCCGACUGAAACUCACCCCCCUCAACAAGCAGCACCGUAAUAAAAAAUGUAUAUUGGAAAAUUAAUGUAUUUUCCUACGUGUGUUUUAAAAUGGCGUCGAAUGCUUCUCGACUCUUUGUUACAUUAUUGUUAUAUUAUGAUAAUGACAAGCUUUUGUAAUAUAGUAUUGUUUCAGAUGUAAUUAUAAUUAAAAAUUAAUUUAUUUGAAAAUCUUUGUUUAAAAUAGAUUUAUUUUUUAAUGGUUACCUGAUGACAUAAUUAAACUACCUUUGGGAAGUUUGACAAAUAAUUGUAUUUCAUAAUUAACUAACUGUAAUCGCUUUGGCGAAAUAAAUUAAAACAACGAUUUGAA